CGAGGUGCAUUGUGGGUGUAGUUCUUGAUGUAAACAGGCAAGUUGUUUUCCUCCAUUUUGGUGUUGGAAAACACGAGUCAUUCACAAUGUCUACGUAUAGUCAACCGUCGGAUAACGACGCAUAUGCCUUAUUGGCCCUCAAGUCAGCCCCGGCAAGUCCAUCCAAAAUUUCAUGGACCCCAGAAUCGAAGGGAACCGCCAUCGCGCGGUUAGAAGGCAGGGACUUCGAAUACAUGAUGCGGGGAAAUCGCAUCACCAUUGGUCGCAAUAGCAGUAAAGGCGAAGUGGAUGUCAAUAUGGGACAUUCGAGCUUCAUAUCCAGGGUGCAUCUUGAAAUAUUCUAUGAUCAGCCUAAUUUCUACAUGAAAUGCAACGGGAAAAACGGCGUGUUUAUAGAUGGCAUUUUCCAGCGGAAAGGGGCACCCCCGUUGCAACUUCCUCGAUCAUGCAUUCUUCGCUUCCCAAGUACCAAUAUCAAAAUAGUAUUCCAUUCUCUGGUAGAAGAAACCCCUCCACCACCUACACAAAGCCCAGGGAAUGCCUCUCCUAAGAAGAAGACAGCGUUGGCUCCCCUGAGGAUUGACAUACCGAAAGUGGAGCAUGUUGCUAGCAGCCCCUGCCCCUCUCCCACAGGCACAAUAAGUGCGGCCAACUCCUGUCCUACCAGUCCUCGAGGAGGAGCUAGUCAUCGUAGUUUUGUUCCUGAUUUAAAUGCUGUGUUUGCUGCAGCUGAUCCUAAGGACGACAAAGACGCUCAAGUAGUUUCUGCCUGUGGGGACGGGCCGAAGGAUGAGUCCAAGCCACCAUAUUCAUAUGCCCAGCUAAUAGUGCAAGCCAUUACAUCGGCAGUUGAUAAGCAACUGACUCUUAGUGGAAUUUAUGCUUUUAUUACCAAAAAUUAUCCAUAUUAUAGAACAGCUGACAAGGGCUGGCAGAACUCAAUCCGUCAUAAUCUUUCUUUGAACCGCUACUUUGUGAAAGUUCCAAGAUCACAAGAAGAACCUGGUAAAGGAUCGUUUUGGAGGAUUGACCCAGCAUCUGAAGCUAAAUUAACUGCACAAGCAUUUAGGAGACGGAGACAGAGGCAUGUGCCUUGCUUCCGAACACCGUUUGGAGGACUCUCAACACGGUCAGCACCAGCCUCGCCUAGCCACAUGUCCGGUGCGUUCACACCUGACUCCAUGUCUCGGGAAGGUAGUCCAAUACCUGAGGCAGCAUCGGAAGCAGAAGUGGCUCAGUCAAGUCAUCUCCAACCACCUCAUCAGCUGCAGCAGCCAAAUCUUCAGUCCAUCGCUGCCGAACUUAGAUUUACUCAGUCAGCACCUGGCUCUCCUGCAGGGUCGCGGGUGCUGUCGCCAGUGACAGUGACAGCCAGCAAUGGCACAGCCAUUCACCAGCUGCCUCCCAUCAUCACCAAACCUCAGAUCAUUGUCUCCAACCCUGGACAAGUUAUCCUUAAUGGCCCUGCCAUUGCAGGCACCACCUUAACAAACGGGACACACUUAGAAAUCAAGAAAGAAAAUGCUGACUUUUCUCAGGGUGCAACAAAGGCAGCAUCGCUGGUGACACCCCAGUACGCAGCUGCUCUGAAACCCGUGAAGGUAAUGGCUGGUCAGGUGGUCACAACUGGUCAGUCUGGGGUGGCCAUAGCACCAGUGUCUCAGGCUACGUCGGCAGCCACGUUGAUGUCCACUCAGCCACUCACCCUGAUAUCCCAGCCCGCAGUGCAGCUGGUUCAACCAGUCACAAUGCAGGCCAUGCAGGCACAGGGCAACUACGCAGCGGGGGCACUCGCCACCGAGGUCAAACCGGGACAAUAUGUGGUAACUAAUGUUGCCCAAGGAGCUCGAGCUGUGAAGCGAGAAUCAGAAUCAGCUGACGGGAAAUCUGAAGAUAAUGAAAUUAAACGAGUUAAGAUUGAGACCAGCGAAGCAAGCUAAUAGAAUAAUCACAGCUGUUGAUUGAACUGUUUUACUGCUGGAAGUGGUGUUGAGGGAAAUAGGAUGAAAGCGAUGCCAUAGUUGAAGUUGUGCUUUUUGUUGGACUUGUGAUCGGGACACUGGUUGAACUGUGCAGUCAUGACUAGACAGUGUCCUUUAAACAAACGUUUAGGCUAGGACAGGUUUUACUGUUGGGAAAGUCCACAUCUUAAUGAGAUAUGACUGAGAGGCUAUUUUAAUAUGUUGAACAAGUUUGUAGGAAUCAAGUGUUUAAUAAGAAGAAGACGACAGUAUGAUGACUGACUAGAUUAUCAUCCAAUCAUGAAAACUACGCCAAGAGUGGACAAUAAAGUUGAAAUAUUGGACAAUCAUAGUAAUAAAGAUCCAAAAGCUCCUACUAGAAAAAGACAAUUUGGUUGUGUACAGGGCUUGAAAUUAGUGGUAGCAAAAAUGCCAUCGCAAAGUAUGUUUUGCUGCUGGAUAGAUAGGGUGACCAUUGAGGCAAAUUCCUGCUAGCAUUUCUUUGACUCAACUGAUAUUUGUUAAGAUUUGAUUUUAUUUGUACUACACACUUAUCCAUAGCUUUAUUUUAUCAAACUUGUUAUGGCAUGUUGGGGUUUUGGCACCAGAGAAAUAAAAAUGCCCUCUGGAGCAAGUUAUUGCUUAUUUACAAAAAAGAAUAAUUUUUUGCCCUGGUACAAUUUGAGGCUCUACAGUCAAGGUUGCUCAGAAGUAGUCAGUCAUUAACCAUGCAUUAGUUAUGGUAUAUAUAGCUUUUGAAGCUGUGAUAAUGCUUUAAUACUAAGUUGAAAUGGCAUUUAUGAUUUGUUAGUUUGUUGUUAGGACUGUUGAGAAUAAGGUGUAGUAAUAAACAGGUGUUUUGCCAUUACCGCCAUCACCCAUCUGCAUUGGUCAUGUAUCAUGAGAACUAUAUAAAUAUAUACAUACAUAUAUAUAUAUAUAUCAUACCAUGUGUGAACACAUAAUCCGUGUACUCAUCUCUCAACAUUAUUUUCAGUUGACAGGGAAAUGCUCUUCUUGUUAAAGGAUCAAGACGGAGAUGUUAUCCUAAACAAAUCUAAGACAAAACACUUAGUUGGACUAGCAAUGUAGUUGGAGAGUGAGUUGAAGAGAGCUCUGCCUUCCCAAGUAUUCCAUAACUUAAUUCUAUUAAUGUCUUUGUUGCCUGUUGAUAUUUGUUUUAGUGUCAUUUUCUCCUUCCAGAAAUGUCACUUUAAAUUGUAAAUUUUUUAUCCUUAAUCUCACUUUUGGUUGUUGUUUGCGCAUGUAGUUUUUGUAAAUAAGACAUAUUACAUGACAAAUAACAACUAAUUGUUUUCUGUGAAUUUAUGACUAGACGUAUGUAUUGGUUUUGUUACCCACUGGUCAGUGCCUGGUGUUGAAGGAGCAUUAUUUUAUAGUGAAUUUCAGUUAUGAAGCUACUGACGAUAGGUAUUUUAAUGAAUUUAAGAUGGAAAUAAACCAGUAAACUGACAAAUGUCCUAUUUUGUCAAUAGUCUGUCAGCAACCAGCAUCAGGCCCCCUUGUCAUGGGGAUGUUAGUGUUACAACUAUCGUAGCUCAUGUAAAAACAGAAACUUACAAUAGUCGUAGCACCAACAUCACCUUGUGCAGGUGGAUCCAGAAAAGAAUGAUGACAGCAAAGAUUAACGAUUUGUCUUGCCUGAAAGAAAUGAGCGAUAACAAUAUGUCAAGAUGAUAUUGGAUAUGGUUACACAUUUUUCAUUCAGCUCUCAUUUCACUUAUUUCAUGUUCAUGUUGCAAGUCGUACACACACAUCACAGUUCAUUGUGGAACUGUGUUGAGAAUUAGAAUAAUCAAUUCAUUAUUGGGCGUCACUCAUUCCCACUGUCCAUGAGACUAGUGGCCCCCAUGACGUGUCAGUUCUCAACUGAAAGUCCUUAUUGUUUGGCCUUGCGUCAAAUGAUUUUGUGAAGUGCUAUUAUGGUGUUAGAACUAUUGUAGUUAUAUGUAGUGUAGAAUUUCCUUUGUUUAUAUUUGCCACUUAAUUACCUGUCCAAGAACCUGGUAUCACAAGCACCUGUUGUUGUGACCUGUGUAGACAGCAACGUCUAACAAGCUUCUGUAGUUUCCUGCUUUAAACAGAAAGUUCAGUGUAGCUGUUGACCAUUGAAAACAGCAAAAUGUAUGUGCCAUUCUGUGAGAACAUUUUUUAGAACAUGGCUACUAACAACUUCUGUUACGUCAUCUACUGUACUAAGGUUUGAUGUUAGCAAUAAGAGAAAAAUACCAAGUUUAUUUCUUAGGGGAAUUCUGUUUUAAUUGUUUUGGGUUUUUUAAAGACUAAUAAAGAUGAAUAAGAGUCAUGUCUGACAUUGUGUUUGUUAGUGCAUGGUUUUUGUAUGGGGUUUGUAUCAGUUGUACCUGAAAUAGUGUGAGAUGAUAUUUCCACACUGUUCUUUGGAGAAUUUUAACUUGUCCCGUAGAUAUUUCAACAUCAAUCAUACAUGUGCUCAAAAUCAGCAUGUGUUUUUCUUUGGUGAUCGAAUUUGUGUUUUGGAAAUAUCAACAGUUUUUGCUUUGUUUUCUCAGGAAAUUAUUAAUCCUUGAAAUGGUUUGUCUCAUUUUAAAUGAAGUUCUGUCUUAUCUGAUUCAAAAUUGAUGUGAAAUAAACAGAUUGUCAGCUGUAUUUUUUACGAAAUCCUAACAUGUUCCAGAAUUAGUGUUUUAUUGUAUUUUCAUUAUAUUGUUACCUGAUGUGACAUUCAUGUGUCUCAGAUCAAAAUUGUCCACACCUGUCAAGUAUGGUUUUAGUACGAACUAUAUGUGUAUUUAUGUAGACACGAUGUACCUGCUUAUACAGUGGAACCUAGUUAUCUGGACACCUGUUAUGUGCAAGUCUGUAAUUAAAUAUCCAGUUGUCAUGUAAGUUGACGGUUAUUACAAGACAAUUGAUGACAUUCUCUCAAUGUUAAUUCCAUGGCAUGGCUUUAGUUAGCAUUAACUUCAACUGACUUCAUUUAUAUUAAAUUUAGUUAAAUAUGACAGUCCAAAUACUCUCUCUCAACCCAGUAGAUUAAUGAAUAACUGUUCCUCCUUUGUGGGGUGCCUUGUUUUGGCCUAUACAAUCAUCAAUAUGCAUAUGAUUGUCCCGGUUAUUUUAUACAAAUUUUAUGUAUAUUAAGCCAAUUUGGUCGGUCUUUAGACUGGAUUUUCUGAUUAUGAAAAUUUUCAUAUACAAUAGUAUAUGUAAUGUUAGGUAAAAUAAUUUGUAAACAAAGAUUGUCCAGAAUGGGAGUUUCUGGAUAAGUAAGGUCUCACUGUAUUAAGCAUCUCCAUGUUGUAUUCACACCUGAGUACAUGUUUUAACAUGUGUUUUCUACCUGGUAGAGGCAGUAUCCAACCAAUAAUGAAGUAGCUAGUAGUCUUCAGAUUAAGUCAUCGUGGGUAAAUUGUUAGGUAUAGAUCUGCAUUAGGGAUUUCUUCAUAUCCUUUGGUAACCCAGUAUUUUAGAACCAUGAAAAACUUUAUUGGUAUUCAGACAUUGUUCAUCAAAAAAGGCCUGGUAUGAUGAAAUUGUAUUUGACAGAGUAACCAAAUAAAAAACAGUUCUUACAACAGGCAUGUUCUUUAUUGAGGAAGGUUAACGUAAGCUGUGUAUGAUGCUAGAAGAUAUAUAUUCAAAUGUGAGGAGUCUAGGAGAGGGUCGAUCAUUGUGUGAAAGAGGACAUCUUUUUGUUACAACCCUGCUGGUGUGUAAAAUCUGAAACUUUGUUAUUGACUGUUGAGUGUGUAACCCCUUGUUGAAUAUAUGGCAUAAUAUUACUGGUCAUCUGUGUCACCGUCAUUGUGUACAAUUUAAAAUGACUUCGUCACAUGGUGAGUUGAGAGAUUCCUUACUGGAUUAAUUCUAAGCGUCCGUCUCCUUUUUAUGAUGGUGAUCGUAGGGACACUCCUGGGCGGCUUUCAACAACCCAAUCUUGGCGCUAAGACUGUGGUUCUCCCAUGCUUAAUAUGGACUUCCAACUGUCGUAGUACUAAGAUGGGCUUGUGGAGCUUGGCAUUGGUAUUGUAACUACAGAUCGAAGCUGCAAAACGUUUUGUUUCAUGUUCGUAUGUCAGUAUGAUUGGAAACAUUCAUCCACAGAACACAACACAUCCAUUAUUAUUCUGUUGAAACUGGUGAAGUAACUCGGUGUUUAAUGUCAGGCAAUAUAUUUAUUUCAUGCUUUUAGAACACUGACUUUUUUUCUAUUUGAAAUAUGGACAAACUAGGAAGAUUGGGGUUUGCUCAGAAUUUGGCAUAAUUGCAGUGAUAAGAAUGUGUAUGCAACUGUGCUUUGUUUUCAAUUUACAUAUAUUACAAGCACUAACACACGCACCAGAACUGUUUACAGGAAUUACAAGCAUUAACACACCCACCAGAACUGUUUACAUAUAUUACAAGCAUUAACACACCCACCAGAACUGUUUACAUAUAUUACAAGCAUUAACACACGCACCAGAACUGUUUACAGGAAUAACACACACUUACACACAUACCGGAACAGUUUACAGGAAUUACACACAUUUACACACGUACCAGAACUGUAUACAUAUAUUACAAGCAUUAACACCCCCACCAGAACUGUUUACAUAUAUUACAAGCAUUAACACACGCACCAGAACUGUUUACAUAUAUUACAAGCAUUAACACACGCACCAGAACUGUUUACAGGAAUAACACACACUUACACACAUACCGGAACAGUUUACAGGAAUUACACACAUUUACACACGUACCAGAACUGUAUACAUAUAUUACAAGCAUUAACACACUCACUAGAACUGUUUACAGGAAUAACACACAUUUACACGCGUACCAGAACUGUUUACGUAUAUUACAAGCAUUAACACUCACUAGAACUGUUUACAGGAAUUACAAGCAUUUACCCAUACAAGAACUGUUUACAGGAAUUACACACAUUUACACACGUACCAGAACUGUUUACGUAUAUUACAAGCAUUAACACACUCACUAGAACUGUUUACAGGAAUUACAAGCAUUUACCCAUACAAGAACUGUUUACAGGAAUUACACACAUUUACACACGUACCAGAACUGUUUACGUAUAUUACAAGCAUUAACACACGCACCAGAACUGUUUACAGGAAUUACAAGCAUUUACCCAUACAAGAACUGUUUACAGGAAUUACAUUUACACACACACACCAGAACUGUUUAUAGGAAUUACACACCCAUCAGAACUGUUUACAGGCAUUACACACAUUUACAUGCACACCAGAACUGUUUACAUGCACACCGGAACUGUUUACAGGAAUUACACACAUUUACAUGCACACCAGAACUGUUUACAGGAAUUACACACAUUUACAUGCACACCAGAACUGUUUACAGGAAUUACACACAUUUACAUGCACACCAGAACUGUUUACAGGAAUUACACACAUUUACAUGCACACCAGAACUGUUUACAGGAAUUACACACAUUUACAUGCACACCAGAACUGUUUACAGGAAUUACACACAUUUACAUGCACACCAGAACUGUUUACAGGAAUUACACACAUUUACAUGCACACCAGAACUGUUUACAGGAAUUACACACACACACCAGAACUAUUUACAUAAUUACACACAUUUCCUCACACAUCAGAACUGUUUUAGACUCCUUGUUUGUUGGGUGUGUAUUAUCUAUGAAAUUUGUUGAUACAUUGUGUAACUCAUCCUGUCUCGUUCAGUGUAGUAUGGUGGCCUUCCAAGCACAGUUCUUGUGGAGUUACAAUUGUUGCAGUUUUUGUUGUUGCAUUAUGAACCAAAUGCAAUAGAUAAUUGGAUAGAUACAAUUGUCUUUGAUGUUGUCUCGCAAACCCUUGCCUUGAUGCGGUCUCAGCAGGGGAGAUCACUCAUGCCCCACAAGGGGAAUUCAUUGAUUGUAGUUGCUAUUAUCAAAGUUCACGCUAUUGCAUAGAACAGCAGGUGUUACAACUGAUGACAGGAGCACUUGAUAUAUCAAUGUAUCUGAUGUUUGGCGGAGUAGGCUUCUUUGGGAUAAUGUUCUGUUCAGGUAAUCAGAUUAUGAUAGAAUCAAGAGCUUUUUCUUUCUUUUUUUCAAAGUGUCCAAAUCAAAACAGUAGGGAAAUGAAUGUGUGUUUUGUAGGAUGGUCUUUAAGGGGCUAGUCUUGUUUGUUCCACACUACAUGUUAAUAGUAGUUUGAAUUCAUUUUGGUAUUAAAAUAAUAUGAACAAGCUGGAUAAUGUGCGCCAAUUAUGCAAAAACAUAUUGCCUUUGUAUUCGAGGAGUUGUUUGGAACAGAAAUAGCUUUGAUAUUAUGGUCUCUGCUUCAUGAGAUAGGUUUGAAUGAUAUAAACAUUAGGAGCUUGUCGCCACACACAAACAAGUUGCCAUGGAGCUUUGUCUGCCAUUGGGUAUGUCAAGACCGCUGAGUCAUGAAUUGUGUUCAGUGUGUGUUGUGUUCACGUCACAUGUACAAGUGAUUUAGAAACAAUGUUGCCCAUCAGCCUCCCACUUUGUAAAGGUGAAACGUCCAGACAGUGAUAGGGUCCUUACAGACAGGGAAUAACUGGGAAUAUUGUCACCAUUUGAUGAAUAAUUUAUUCAACUCUGACCAUGAGAGUAGAUCAUGUUAAUAUUCCAUAAGCUGAUGUUUCGCUUUCAGUGGGACAUUUUAAUGUGAUUUAAUUCUCACAUUGGAGUCAUAUGGGAAUGUUUUAGAUAUGGAAAAUGAUACUUAUCUGGAAUCAUGUACACAUAUUCAUUAUCAUUUCGUUUUCACAUUUUGUACGAGGUCAUUACAAUUGGCCUAUAAUGUUUUCAUUUAUUAUUUUCUGUCAAUCUGUGAUUUAGUGGCUGCGAAUGGUUAUUGAUCACAAAAAUGACCUUGUUGAAUGUUGUAAGUGUUAACCAGCUGCCUGCCCUCAGUUUCCAAUGUGUAUAAUGCAGAUAGACUGUACAUGAUCUUUGUGUUCCAACUUCAUGUGGGGAGAUUUUGAAAUUGUUCUAAAUUUUCUACUACAUCUGUGGCUAUAAUGUGUGUCAGCCAUAGUCUUUCUGUAAUUUGCUUUCAUGUACAUAGACCUAACGCAGUCUUUGCAUGUAGUUCCAGAGCACCCUCAUGCUGAUAUGUUCAAUACUGUAUGUGUUUUCUGUUGCAAGUAUGUGGAAAGUCAACUUAGCCAUUUAUUCAGAGCUGCCUUCUCACAGGUGGCUUGUAUAAAUAAAAGUGUAUUGUUUUAAAGUCCA